UCACGAUGAAGGUUCUCGUGGUGUUGUCAGUUUUCCUGGUGGCCUCGCAGGCCAAAGUUGUGCAAAGCUGGGCCAGUCUGCAGCACGUCAAUAGCAACCUGGCGUCUAUAUCUGCGAUAAGCCAUGAUAACGGAGAAGGCGUCGUGGCGCCGGCGCCUCGCAUCGUGGGGGGCGCGGCGGUGGCCCAGGGGCAGAUCCCCUGGCAGGCGCUGCUCGUGAUGGACGGGUCCAGCGUGUGCAGCGGCGCGCUGGUGUCCAGCGACUGGGUGCUGACCACGGCCCACUGCCUGGACGGCUCAAGGUCGUUCGCGGUGACGCUAGGAGCGACGAGUCGCACCGCCGGCCAGGCCAACGCAGUGACGGAGUACGCCAAGGAGGCCAUCGUCCACGCCAGCUUCAACGCCAAGACGUACGCCAACGACAUCGGGGCGCUGAGGCUGCAGACACUCGUCGACUUCACGGAUUACAUUGACGCUGUUCAGCUUCCGUCUCUCUCACAAGCUUCAACUACUUUCGAAGGAGCUACUGCUCUCGUCAGUGGCUAUGGAAGAACAUCCAGCAGUAGCCAGGCUGCCUCAGACGUUCUCCUUCAAGCUGAAGUGCAAGUCAUCAGCAAUGCUGUAUGCACACAAACUUUCAACACCUACAUCCAAUCUUCGAACAUAUGUUCAGUAGGAUUAAAUGGCCAAACCCCGUGCGAUCACGGCGACAGCGGCGGUCCGCUGGUGGUCGCCGACGACGACUCCCAGUACGUGCUGGUCGGCCUGAUGUCCUUCGGCGCGCACAACUGUCCCGCGGGCCUGCCGACGGCCUACGUGCGGGUCACCAGCUACCUGUCCUGGAUCUCCGCCAACACCGGCGUGGCGCUGGGUCCGCGAUGACGACCCCCCUACCCUCCCACCACCUCCCCAGGGGUCACCCGUGCUCGCCCAGAACACCAACAACAACAACAAAAAAAAAAAACCUGCGCUACGUAAAAUAAAUAAACGGUCUCCGGGUAAAAUAUAACAAGUCACAUUUCGGUGAUUUUCGGUCAACAAGUCACUCAAACUCUUAAGUAUACUUAAAACAUGUAAUGCAUUUUUAAUCAUUAGCAACUAUGUUGGUAAAUAUGUUGGUAAAUAAAAGAAUAAUACAAGAAAAAAUUUAAGUAUUUAAAUUCAAUUUUUUAUCUAAGAUUUUUCUUUGUUUCUCCUGCAAAAAAGUGAAUUCUUGACUUGUUACCUUCUACCCGGAGACCGGCAAAAUAAUUCUGGGUAGGUUUGUAUUUUGAAACACAGCCGCCAGGAGUUUUUGUUUCAUGAAAUUUCCAUCUAUAGCUGAAUGGGAAAUGAUUUGUAUGAAAUAAAUGAAACAAUUUAAACAGAA